GUCUUCAGGGAUUUAUUGAAUCAUAUGCAAAUUCCACCGAUGUUCGUCAAGCCUAUGACCGAGUACAGUGGCCAUUACUCGACAUUUAUCAAUUAUGAAGAGCGAGAUGGCCAGGUUCUGCCGGAGUCAAUAUGUAGGUCCUGAGGCGAGUCCGUUAAGCUAGCUGACAUAAUGGCAGGGGUCAUGAUUUCCACACCACCCACGACGUGGGGGGCGUUCUCGUGUUGUCUCCGGAUCCACCUCGAUAACAGUAGGGUAUCUGGCAUUCUUCUAUAUAGCGACCGAGGUCAGCCGCGCGAUAUACCUCAUUUACUUCGAAGCCGACAAGGGGCUCUUUCGAUAUCGCCGGUAUUAUUCCUAGUAUCAAUAUUCGAGGCUCUCGGGGUGGACAGACGUAUUGACGAGGCCAGGCUGGCCGGUGCCAUCCAGACAGCAGAGCAAAGGACAGGAUUCUGGGAGGAGAUGAGCUCAACCAUAGCCGCUUCGCAGUACGAGCAGUGGAACAAACAAGUACAUCACUGCAGAAUAUGGUUGUCCAUGUUACAGCGACGAGCGAACUUCCAACAAGAGCUUGGACAAUUUCUGCACGAUUGCGUCGAUCUUGUUAACCAGUUACGAGCUGAACGUGGGAUGGGUCCGGAACCCAGAUGGAGGCGAAGCGCGGUGCUGCAGGUCGUAAAAUAUCAGAUGACAACAUGCAGGCGUCUGCAGACUGAGUUGGAAUUGUUGCACGAACGUAUCCAGGUACAGGUUGAUGUUAUGCGUGGCUUUAUCGCUCAGCGAGACGCUCAAGCCAAUAUCUCUCUGGCUAUUACAGCGCAACAGGACAGCGGAGCCGUGAGGACUAUUGCGGUAGUCACUCUCUUUUUCCUACCAGCGACGUUAAUCUCGGCUAUUUUCAGUUCGGGCGUGAUUAUUUCUGCGCCGGAAUUGUGGUGGGUGUUUAUGCUUGCGAUUGUCCUUUCGACGCUCGUAGUAUUUACUUUGUGGUUCUUGUAUAUACGUUAUCGUGCCAAGAGGACUGGUAGAAUAGUUUCUCAUGGGGAGUAGGGGGUGGUGUAGCACAUUACUGUGGCUUGACAGGUGCAUUUAGUGUAGUCGUUUCACACGUCGACGGGGGAGCCGGGACAGGGUGCGAAAUCGUCCGAAGUCGGGUUGUCGCCGUCGUCUGCCGAAACUGU